AUGGAUACUCUAACUUCCAAAUUGCGCCCGGCGGAGGUCGUGAAGGCAUUGAAGAGCCUACCAAAAGAACUUGAUGGAACUUACACAAAUGCCAUGCUGAGAGUCGCCGAUCUUCCAGCUAGCCACAGAGAGGUGGUGAUGGAGUUACUUUGUCGAGUUGUCUUUGCAGAGCAGCCUCUGAGGAUGCGAGAGAUCGAGCAUGCUAUUGCCGUGAUGGAGGAAGACCGCGAUAUUGAUCGUGAUAAUAUCAUCCGGGCCAACGUCAUUGGUUCGAAAUGUGCCGCUUAG